AUGGAGUUGGCGCGGGCGGUGUGGCUGGGGCUGGGGCUGGGGCUGGGGCUGCUGGCCGGGCCCGGGCGCGGCCACCCGCAGCCCUGCCCCGCGCUGGCGCGGCUCGGGGGCACGGUGCGGCUGGGCGCGCUGCUCCCCCGCGGGGGCGGGCCGCAGGCGCGGCUGCGGGCCGCCCUGGGCCGGGCCGGCCGGGCCGCCCCGCUGCCCUACAACGUGAGCCUGGCCGUGGCGGCCGGGGCGCCCCCGGGGGCCCGCCGGGACCCCGCCUCCCUGGCCGGCUGGCUGUGCCGGGCGCUGCUGGCGCCGGGGGUGGCGGCCGUGCUCGCCUUCCCGGCCAGCCGGGCCGAGCUGCUGCAGCUGCACUUUCUGGCCGGCAGCCUGGAGACCCCCGUGCUCAGCGUCCUGGAGCUGGAGCAGCGCCUGCCCCUCGGCAGCCCGAACCCGUUCCAUCUGCAGCUGGACCGGGGCAGCCCCCUGGAGACGCUGGUGGAGGUGCUGCUGUCCGUGCUGCGGGCCAACGAGUGGCACGACGUUGCCCUGGUGCUGUGCCGCAUUCGGGACCCGGGGGGCUUCCUGGCCCUCUGGACGGACAAGACGGGCCUGGGCCCCCGGCUGGUGCUGGAUCUGGGCCGGCAGGACGGGGCCGGGUUGGCCACCCAGGCCAGCGGGCGCCUGGCGGUGCUGCGGGAUGCCCCGGCCCCAGUCCUGCUCUUCGGCUGCGAUGCCCGCCGGACCCGGCUGGUGUUCGGAGCCGCCCGGGCGGCGGGGCUGCCGGAGAUGCCCUGGGUGCUGGGCUCCCCCCUGGGGGUGGGCGAGCUGGCCACGGACGAGCUGCCCCCAGGGCUGCUGGCCUUUGGGGAGGUGGGCCGUCCCCCGCUGGAGGAUUUUGUGCAGGACGCGGUGGAGCUGGUGGGGCGAGCUCUGGCCAGCGCCGCCCAAGUCCGGCCGGACCUGGCCCUCCUCCCGACCAUGGUCAACUGUAACGACCCGCGGCUGGCUGGCCCAGAGUCAUCGGGCCAGUACCUGGCUCGGUUCCUGGCCAACACCUCCUUCCAGGGCCUCACGGGACCCGUGCGGGUGACGGGCAACUCUCUCAUCCGCACCCACCGCCACUACAAGAUCUGGAGCCUCCUGCGCGACUCAGUGGGCACCCCGACCUGGGUCACGGUGGGCAGCUGGAGGGACGGGCAGCUGGACAUCGAAAAGGGCAGGGCCUGGCCCGGCCCGCCCGCACCCCGACGGGCCCCGGCGGAGGGCAGCUGGGUCCGCAUGAAGCUCCGGGUGGUGACCCUGGUGGAGCACCCCUUCGUGUUCACCCGCGACACCGACGAGGAUGGCAGUUGCCCGGCCGGCCAGCUGUGCCUGGACCCGGGCACCAACGACUCGGCAGCGCUGGACGCCCUGUUCGAGGAGCUGGCGGCUGCCAACGGCACGGUGCCCCGCGCCUACCGCCGGUGCUGCUACGGCUACUGCAUUGACUUGUUGGAGAAGCUGGCCGAGGACGUGCCCUUUGACUUCGAGCUCUACAUCGUGGGUGAUGGCAAGUAUGGGGCCUGGAAGAAUGGACGCUGGACGGGGCUGGUUGGGGACCUGCUGGCGGGCGCUGCCCACAUGGCGGUCACCAGCUUUAGCAUCAACUCGGCUCGCAGCCAGGUCAUGGAUUUCACCAGCCCCUUCUUCUCCACCAGCCUGGGCAUCCUGGUGCGGACCCGGGACACGGCCUCUCCCAUCGGCGCCUUCAUGUGGCCCUUGCAUUGGACCAUGUGGGUGGGCGUGUUUGUGGCCCUGCACCUCACGGCCCUCUUCCUCACCCUGUACGAGUGGAAGAGCCCCUACGGCAUGACCCCUCACGGCCGCAACCGCAUGAAGAUCUUCUCCUACUCCUCGGCCCUCAACCUGUGCUACGCCAUCCUGUUCGGCCGCACCGUCUCCAGCAAGACGCCCAAGUGCUGCACGGGCCGCUUUCUCAUGAACCUGUGGGCUAUCUUUUGCCUGCUGGUGCUAUCCAGCUACACGGCCAACCUGGCCGCCGUCAUGGUCGGGGAGAAGACCUUCGAGGAGCUGUCGGGCAUCCACGACCCCAAGCUGCACCACCCCUCCCAGGGCUUCCGCUUUGGCACGGUGUGGGAGAGCAGCGCCGAGGCCUACAUCAAGAAGAGCUUCCCGGAGAUGUACGACUACAUGAGGCGACACGGCGUCCCCACCACCCCUGUCGGGGUCACCAUGCUCAAGACGGACCCCCCUAAACUCAACGCCUUCAUCAUGGACAAGUCGCUGCUGGACUACGAGGUGUCGAUUGACGCCGACUGCAAACUGCUCACUGUGGGGAAGCCCUUCGCCAUCGAAGGCUAUGGGAUCGGGCUGCCCCAGAACUCCCCCCUCACCUCCAACCUCUCCGAGUUCAUCAGCCGCUACAAGUCAGCUGGCUUCAUGGACCUGCUGCACGACAAGUGGUACAAGAUGGUGCCCUGUGGCAAGAGGGUGUUUGCUGUGACAGAGACCCUGCAGAUGGGCAUCUACCACUUCUCGGGGCUGUUUGUGCUGCUGUGCAUUGGGCUCUGUGGCUCUCUGCUCACCUCCCUGGGCGAACACGCUUUCUACCACCUGGUCCUGCCGCACAUCCGCAAGCGGGACAAGCUGCAGUACUGGCUCCACACCAGCCAGAAAAUCCACCGGGCACUGAACACAGGAUUGGAGGAGCAGAAACCACAACUGGGGCUGGAGAAAAGGUGCCGCGACCAACAGCCAGUGCCCGGCGGCCCCUCGAGGCCGGGCAACCAGCGUGGCUGGACCCACCUGCGGCGGGCAGUAGUCCGGGAGGAGCGCCGCGUCCGUUUCCAGGGAGAGCCGGCGGGAGAGCCAGGGUGGUCCUGUGCCAACGGUCGGGUUGCGGCCGGGGCCGCCGGUGAGCUGGAAGAGCUGGAGCAGAGCAUCCAGCGCAUGCGAGAGCAGCUGCGGGUCGCUCUGCGGCGCAAGAGCGAGCUGGAGCUGAGCCUGGGCUCUUUGACCUCCGGGCCGCCCCCACUGUCCCAGAAGCCCAGCGAGGACAGGUAAUUGGGCUGGGCUCCCGCCCAAAUCUGUUGCGUGACCAACGGCCAGUGACUUGGGAUCUCCGGGCUGAAAUGUGGCCCCAUGCCACCCCAGGGUGGGGGAAAGGGAGCCAGGUGUGGGCACCCCUGACGGAACGGGUCCAGUCCAACCCCCUGCCGCUGGCUCCCUGAGGCUGCUGGCCCAAUGUUGGUCUCGGCCUGCUGUUAACUUGUUCCCAGCCUGGGCCCCGGCUCUGCUCAGUAUCCUUUCUGAUUGGAAACACCCUAGCCCCUUUCUGUGCUACUGAGCUCUACUGUGCCUCCUGCGGGAGCCUUGCUGCUCCCUAGUCCGCAGGGGAACCCGGGCCCUAAUAGGCAUCAGCAGGCGCAGGCAGGGGAGUCUAGCUGAGCUGUACUUGCGGUCAUCCAUCCCCCCCGCGGCAGCACCCAGGGCUCUGUGAAAUGGCAGGUUUCUCCCUCUGCAUGAACACAGCCCUACCCUGCCCUCUCACACUCAGCAAAAAGGCACCACGCAUGCAUCUUGCCCCGGUCGGUGUGGACCAUUCCCCCUCCCCAGUUGAUGGGUUGUUGAGGCUAGGCCGGUUUAGAUUAGGUCCCCCCAUGGAUAUGUGAAUGGGAUCACGUGUGCCCCACCCCCACAUUGUAUGGGCACAUGUGCAGACACACAUACACACCUGCUCCCACUCCUUGGGGCAGGGGGUGUUAGGUGGCAGAGGUAACUUAAAUAAGGAGAAAUGUAUUUUUA